GCGUGGCUAGACAGGAGAGGCAUAUUCUGACGGACUUGUCUCCGCUCCGGCCCCGCUCUUCCCUGAAUAAGCUUGGGUAAGGUUUAAUUGCCCCGCGAUAAUUCCUUCGGUUAUUGCAUUUUAUCCAGUUUAACUAAUUUAAUGUAGAGCAACAAUAAUAGACCGGAAUGAUCGGCUGAGUGAAUCCACCGCGAGUUUUUCUGAGGAGAAAGUAGGACUAUAAGCGCUCGGUGCCAGCGGGGCAAUUGUUGCUGCCUGUGCUGCAUAGCGGACCAUCCCGGGGGAUUCUAAAACGGGAUACUACCCUCUAUGUGACGGGGGGAACUAAUUACAUAACGCCAAGGAUUACAAGUUCCCCUUUUCAAUGCAAGCUACCGUAAUAGGUCUCCAUGGGAUAUGAUACAUACUAAGUACAGUAUCUCAACCCCAGUACUGUCGCCAUCCUAAAGGUCUCCCUUGAAACGGUCAAGAGUAUAAAUGAUGGAGCUCAAGCUGCUUUUGAUAGCCACCCUGCUGGGUGUGUUUUGUUGCAGUAUCAGUCGUGCUCAGAAAGAGGGGAAUGAGUGCAUCAAUGCCAAUGCUAAGUACUGCGGGGAAUGCAUCCAGGCUGGAGCCAAAUGUGGAUGGUGCCGACACCCAGACUUCCUGAAACAAGGGGAGGCGGUGUCCAGCCGCUGCGACGAGCUGCAGUCCCUUCUGAUCCGCGGCUGCAGCCUCGCCGACAUCGAGAACCCCCGCGGCGGCCAGCGCGUCCUCCUGGACAGGCCAGUGACCAACCGCCUCAAGGGGGCGGACAAGCUGAGGCUGGAGAACAUCACCCAGAUCCAGCCCCAGAAGCUCGCCAUCACCCUCAGGGCCGGGGAGCCCCAGUCGUUCAACCUGAAGUUCAAGCGGGCCGAGGACUACCCCAUCGACAUGUACUACCUCAUGGACCUGUCCUACUCCAUGAAGGACGACCUGGAGAACGUCAAGAACCUGGGCACCAGCCUGAUGCAGGAGAUGAUCAAGAUCACCUCCGACUUCAGGAUAGGCUUUGGCUCCUUUGUGGAGAAGACGGUCAUGCCUUACAUCAGCACCACGCCGGCCAAACUCCUCAACCCGUGCACCGGCGGCCUCAACUGCACCAGCCCCUUCAGCUACAAGAACGUGCUGAAGCUCACCAGCGACGGCAAGAAGUUCAACACGCUGGUGGGCGAGCAGCAGAUCUCCGGCAACCUGGACUCCCCCGAGGGAGGCUUCGACGCCAUCAUGCAGGUGGCGGUGUGCGGGGACCAGAUCGGCUGGAGGACCGACGUGACCCGCCUACUGGUGUUCUCCACCGACGCCGGCUUCCAUUUCGCCGGCGACGGCAAGCUGGGAGGCAUCGUGCUGCCCAACGACGGGAAGUGUCACCUGGAGAACAACAUGUACACUAUGAGCCACUACUACGACUAUCCAUCCAUCGCUCAUCUGGUUCAGAAGCUGAGCGACAACAAUAUCCAGACCAUCUUCGCAGUCACGGAGGAAUUCCAGCCGGUGUAUAAAGAGCUGAAAAACCUGAUACCCAAGUCUGCAGUCGGAACUUUGUCUGCCAACUCCAGCAAUGUGAUAAACCUGAUUAUCGAUGCCUACAAUUCGCUCUCCUCCGAGGUCAUUCUCGAGAACAGCAAGCUGCCGGAAGGACUGACCAUAGCCUACACGUCUCUCUGCAAGAACGGCAUCGUCAGCGAGGGGGAGAAUGGACGCAAGUGCUCCAACAUCUCCAUCGGCGAUGAGGUGAUGUUCACCAUCGACGUGACGGCCACGGGCUGUCCCAAGAUGGGCAAGCCGGAGACCAUUAAGAUCAAGCCGCUGGGCUUCAACGAGGAGGUGGAGAUCACGUUGAACUUCAUCUGCGAGUGCGACUGCAGCAGCGGCGGCAUCGCUGACAGCGACAACUGCACCUUAGGCAACGGCACCCUAGAGUGCGGAGCCUGCAAGUGCAACCCAGGCCGCGUGGGGCGGAACUGCGAGUGCAGCAGCAACGAGGUGGCCACGGAGGACAUGGACCGGACCUGCCGCCGAGACAACGGCACCGACCUGUGCAGCAACAACGGGGAGUGCGUGUGCGGGACGUGCGAGUGCAAGAAGCGGGACAACGCGGACGAGCGCUACAGCGGGCCCUUCUGCGAGUGCGACAACUUCAACUGCGACCGCUCCAACAGCCAGCUGUGCGGAGGCAACGGCCUAUGCGUAUGCAGAGAGUGCAUCUGCAAACCCAACUGGAAGGGCAGCGCCUGCGACUGCUCUCUGGACCACAGCACAUGCAUGGCCAGCAACAAGCAGAUCUGCAACGGGCGGGGGACCUGUGAGUGUGGCGCCUGCAAGUGCACGGACCCCAAGUUCCAGGGACUCACCUGUGAGAACUGCCCUACCUGCCCUGGAGUGUGCAUCGAACACAAGGACUGCGUGCAGUGCCGGACGUUCGGCACCGGGGAGAAGGCGGAGCGCUGCCAGGAGGACUGCAGCGAGUUCUCGCUGGUCAAGGUGAAGGACCGCGACGGGCUGCCCCAGCCCAACGACGCGGCCUACCCCGUCAUGCACUGCAAGGAGCGCGACGCCAACGACUGCUGGUUCUACUACACCUACGCCGUCAACAACAACACCAAGGAGGUGCACGUGGUUGACAAGCUCGAGUGCCCCACCGGUCCCGACAUCAUUCCCAUCGUGCUGGGCGUGGUCGUUGGCAUCGUACUGAUAGGCUUAGCCCUGCUGUUGAUCUGGAAGUUGCUGAUGGUCAUCCACGACCGGAGGGAGUUCGCCAAGUUUGAGAAGGAGAAGUUGAAUGCAAAGUGGGACACGCAAGAGAACCCCAUUUACAAGAGUCCUAUCAAUAAGUUCCAGAAUCCAAACUAUGGCCGUAAAGCUCCUGUCCUUUAAGGUGAGAAUCCAAUCUACAAGAGUGCAGUCACCACCGUGGUCAAUCCCAAAUAUGAAGGAAAGUUUUGAAGGAGAGUUUUCAACGAACAAUUCAACAGCAAACAUCUGAGAGCUACAGUGUAUAGAUUUUGUGCCAUAUGUGGUUGACUGUUUUUGUAUUUUAUUUUAUUUGUAUUUUAUUUUUUUCUGUUUUGCUUCGUUAAGACAGAGUAAAAUGUUGCCACCGCAAGUGCAAUUUAACUUUUAACACUUUUAAUUUCUAUGCAUUCAUUGUAUUUUUCAUGUACAGUAUAUAUGUAUAUACUUCAAAUUUGCUUAUUUGCAAAAAAAGAGAACAAAAAGGAAAUUAAGGUAUGUGUCUGUCCCAUGACAGGACUUUGUAUUUGCAAAGGAUUUAUGUUUGUUUGCUUCUUAACACCAUGUCUAGACAUGAAUGGUUUGGUAAAUGUAUGGAGUUGAACCUCUUAGCAGCUCAGAUUUUAGCACUCUGUUUCAUGUUCACGCGUGCACACACACUCACAACACCACAACACCUGCACACACUUUCUUGCUGUCUUUGUCUGUAGCUUACAUUUAUGUCGUCAGCGUUUCUCACUCUCUUUAGUCUCUCUGUGCACUGAUGUCGUUUGCGUUUUGUCUUUUUCAGAGAGGACCUGAGUUAAUAAAAUCUUGUCAGCGAUUGCA